AGCGGCUCCCCAGCGUGCGAUCCUUCGGGAGCAAGAGCCCAGAGUUCCUCCGUAGCCCACGCAACCCUCCAGCCAACACCAUGGUGCAGUGGACAGCCGAGGAGAAGCAGCUCAUCACCGGCCUCUGGGGCAAGGUCAACGUGGCCGAGUGCGGCGGCGAGGCCCUGGCCAGGCUGCUGAUCGUCUACCCCUGGACCCAGAGGUUCUUCGCCUCCUUCGGGAACCUGUCCAGCCCCACGGCCAUCCUUGGCAACCCCAAGGUGCAAGCCCACGGCAAGAAGGUGCUCACCUCCUUCGGGGAGGCCGUCAAGAACCUGGACAGCAUCAAGGGCACCUUCGCCCAGCUGUCCGAGCUGCACUGCGACAAGCUGCACGUGGACCCCGAGAACUUCAGGCUCCUGGGUGACAUCCUGGUCGUUGUCCUGGCUGCCCACUUCGGCAAGGACUUCACUCCCGACUGCCAGGCUGCCUGGCAGAAGCUGGUGCGCGUGGUUGCCCACGCCCUGGCCCGCAAAUACCACUAAGGAGCCGCAGGAGCGCCCUGCCAUGCUGGAAGCAGCAGCUUCUGACAGCCAAAUAAAGCUCAUCCUGUGAA